ACUCACUUUAAGCUUCUUAUAGGUCGCUAAUGAAAGUGGCCGCAUAUUGUCCGGGGGGACAGAUGGUUUCUGUCUUGAUUAAGUUUUAAUUUUCCUGACGGGAAAAGCUGGCAGGCUUUGCUCGUCGGAGGGACCCUGCUGUGUUCACAGACAGACCAACGCAUCUCUCGCAUCACAUUCUGCCUAAAAAAGGUCGCAUGUAGUCCAGGUAGAGGAGCUGAAGUGUGAAAGAGCGGGUUUUCACCGAGCUGACUGCUCUCUCAGCUGGGAGUUAUUUAGCAGCAGACGGGCGUCUAGCGACUUUUUCUCUCUCGCGCUUGUACGCUGCUCUGAAUUGAGGCAGAACACUUCUGAAACUGGUGGAUCAUAUCAACUGCAAACUUUUGCAUUCUGGCUGAAACGAUCACAGUAUGCAUGAUGUUAACUCAGACACCGGAGGCUUCUGCAGCGGCUUAUCAUGCAUAUCAAUAACCUGAGCAGAGGCAAGAUGAUGCUGAACAUGUUGGCCCGACCAUUACACUGGAGCCUCCUGCUUCUUUGUAUAGUAGGCUUCUGCAGCCAGCUUGUGUCCACUGGCAACCAAAGCUCCCGAGGACAGACAGGGUCAUCGCAGGAGAGGACAGGGACUUGUGAAGUGGUUGCUGCUCAUCGUUGCUGCAAUAAGAACAAGAUUGAGGAACGCUCUCAAACUGUCAAGUGCUCCUGCUUCCCAGGACAGGUGGCGGGGACAACGAGGGCUCUGCCCUCUUGUGUGGAAGCCUCUAUUGUUCGUCACAAGUGGUGGUGUAAAAUGGAGCCGUGUCUGGAAGGGGAAGAGUGCCGAGUUCUCCCUGACCUCACUGGUUGGUCAUGCAUCUCUGGAAAUAAAGUAAAGACCACAAAGGUGGCGCGGUAGCAAGACAGGAGCUCCAUCUAAUCAGUACAAACCUGUUCCGGCCUGGUGCAGUCACCUUAAGUAACACUGGACUCUGAAGACAGUGAACGCCCCAUCAGAUAGAGCAAAGAACAAUAUAGAUUUAAUUAGAUAUCUCCUGGCUAAGCUUUAUACUGCAGGAACACAUUAUUUUAAUUUCCUUUUAGCUUGAACACAAUUUCGGUUAGGGUUAAUCCCAUGCAGUGGACAAUCUAAUAGCAACUGACUUAAGAUAAAAUGAAGCAGCACCCUUACGCAGUCCAAACAGGCAGCUACUGCAAAGGACUGUAUCACUAUUUCCGUGCUUGAUAUGCUGGGCACAAUGUGAUGCACUCAAUCAAAGUUUGGACUGGGCCUGCUGGCAGACACUUAAAAAGAGAUUUUGUGGAUUUUCAGGCGGCAGAAUGUGAAUCCAGUCAGUUGCUUGUGACUCUCUCCGCCGAUCAAAGCAGAGGACCACAAAUACUGAGAAAUUUAUGAUUGCGUAGCAUUUGUAGGCAAUGCUGUCCUGUAGACUUACUCUGAGCUUUGUAAAGAGGUCUGAUCCCUUUGGACAACUCCUUACCACAAAGAGGCAUCCUCCCAAACAUGCCUGCACACACACACACACACACACACACACACACACACACACACACACACACUGCUUUUCAUCUCCACUGCUUGGACAGGCCACCACCUGCAAGGCUGUGAUGGCAUGCACACAAGCAUGAAGCUCUGAUGCAAAACAAGGACUGUUUGAAAUGCUAAUCAUGGGCAGAAAAGGGAGAAGAGAAGAGAA